AAUGAAAUGGAAGGAAAGAAAGAAGAACUACGUGAAAUGGUAGGACGGCGAUAUCGCGAUGUCUUGGAAGCCUCUAGUGAGGUGCGAAACAUCAGAAAGCUUGCUGAAACCCUUGCUGAAGCUGUUUCCAAUGCUAGAACAACGCAAUCUGUUGUUGAGCCAAGACCUCUUACACGCGAACAGCAAGCUUCUGUGCAGCGUUUUAUUGCAUUGCACAAACUUGUUGCUGUGAUCGGAGAUUCUGAUGGAGAUGCCCUCAGUGAUGCAUUUGCCCUAACAUUGGCUGAACUUCUCCACAAAGAGCUUGCGACAGAGCCGCUCUCGCCAUCGAUGCAUUCGGUUGUUACUGGUCUUACGGGCAGGCUAAUUCGUACUCGUCGCCAGCUUCUUGCUGAUUUGGAGGAAGAGAUCGGCGAGUUGUCGGAGACCGAUUGGGUUGCAAAUCAGUUGACAGCCUUAGCUUUGCUGCAAGGCACAGACUAUGAGAAGCUCCUUGACAUUUAUCUGGAGGGAAGGAAGAAGUUCAUCCAAAACCUGACUUCUGAGUCCAGCUCUUUGCUUACCGUAGUGAAUGAGCUGAAGAAGUCUUUGGUUGUAAUCGAACAACUCUUUUCCCAAGGUGAACUAUUCCGAAUUAUUCAAGCCGCAGCAAGUCCUACAUAUCGACCAGCCCUCAUUGACUCUCUUAUUGGUGACGAAGCGUUUUCAUUUGGUCGUAUGCUUACGGCUGAAGCAGAGAAGGUCACAAGGCAGCUUAGGGAAUCGAAGACGAGCCCAUUGUUACCUCAGAAAAUCAACUCAAAAUGCGCAGAGUGGAUCAGUCGGUAUGUGUAG